AUGAGCUACCAGACACAGGAGCAAGUCCUCCAUGACCGAAUCAACCUCUCCAAACUGGUCAAGAAGCUUGAUAAAGCCAUCCAGGAGACUGACUGGAGCGAAGAUAAUAACCAGUCACUUUGGAUACAAUGCCAGAGCAUGCUUCAGAAAGUGAAACAUGCCAGAAAACUACUUCGCAAUGUCCAACUAUACGACGAGAUGGAUGUAUCCUCGAAUCACCUCGAACGUUACGAUAAUGCUCGCAAGACUAUUGACCGGCUAGAGGCUACUCUCGAGUCUGCGAACCAGCAGGUAGCUGUCAAGCCAACAAGGCCAAAGCCCAUCUUACCCACCAUCCCACUGCCUCCUCCCUCUCUUCGCGGUAUCGAGCUCCCGGCCACUAUGGACACCUCGACCCACCCGCCUGAGAAUUCUGACAUUUCACCACAACCCUCAGAAGCUGACCUUCUCCUCGGACCGGCAGAAGACGUCUCUGAAGCUUCACGUCCAAGUUAUACCCUUCUAUCACCUCCUUCAGGAUCUUCGAUACGUUCAGCAUCACCCGCCGAACCAUCCAAGUCUCCCUCUGGCGCUACAGCAGAAUCGUCCUCGUCCUCUGCCACCAGACCGACUCCCGCCUUCCUUCAGAAUUCAUCUGCGGUCCAAAACGAAAUGACAGACCAGCUGGCACAGAUGGCCAGUCAGCUGCGCAAGAACGCGAUUCACUUUGGCGAGGCUCUUGCUCGUGAUCAGGCGGUGUUGAGCGACGUCGAUGAGAAGAUUGGGUCGAACUAUGAUGUGAUGACGAAGGAGAGGGUCAGGCUUAGGGAUCAUCGGAGUAAGAGCUGGGGGACGACGUGGUUGACGAUGGCUAGUGUGUUGGCUGUUGUGGUGGUUUUUGUGGCGAUGUUCAUGGUUAUACGGGUGACGAGACGAUGA